UCAAAAUUUGGGAAAAAUAUAUCAAAAACAGAUGUAAAGAAAAAUCUUUAUAGCUGUUAAGUGACGAUGUGCUUCAUCUACGACAGUAAUAAUAGAUAUUCUAAUUUAUUAAAGACUAAAAAUUGUGUUUCAUAUAUGUUUUGCCAAUAAUUCUCCCCGUAUCCCAAUUAUUAUUCGUGAAAGUGCGCGCUAUUGUUAAAAAAGAAGUAAAGUUGACCAUGCACGAUGUUGGAAGGUCUUGUAGCUUGGGUAUUGAACAACUAUCUCGGAAAGUAUGUGGAAAACUUGAACACCGAUCAGCUGAGCGUCGCUCUGCUGUCUGGCAAAGUAGAAUUAGAAAACCUUCCCCUAAAGAAAGAUGCCUUGAGAUACCUGGGUCUUCCAAUCGAGAUAAAAGCUGGCUUUAUAGGCAAAGUUCAGCUGCAUGUCCCGGUGCGUCAAAUACGGUCUGCACCAUGGGUUAUUGCCAUCGAAAAGUUAUAUCUAGUGGCAACUCCUGUUAACUUAGAUGAGUGGGACAGCGCAGUCGAGGCGACAAUCGCUCACGAGCGCAAGAUGGCGCUGCUGGACGCAUUGGAGGCGCAGUGGCGCGCCGAGCACGAGGCCAACGACGCCGGAUACUACGCCACCUCCUACUCCUCCUGGCUCAGCUACGGCACCGGCCUGCUCGCCAAUAUCGUCGAAAAUCUUCAGCUGAAGUUAAACGACGUACACAUUCGCUACGAGGACGCGCUGACGUGCCCGGGCCGCGCGUUCGCGUGCGGGCUGGCGGUGGAGUCGCUGGCGGCGGAGUCGUGCGACGCGGGCUGGCGCCGCGGGUUCACUCCGCUCGACGACCCCUGCUCUUUCAAGCUGCUUGAGUUGAACAACCUCGCGCUCUACUGGGAUCCCAUGCCGGUGCCCGCUGGCAUGAUGGCCGACUGCACGCUGGCCGAACUAACCGAGCGUAUGCGCGCCACGUGGUCGGGAGCGCAUCGCUACAUGCUGGCGCCGACCACGGCCAGCGCGCGCGUGCGCCGCGAGCGCUGCGAGCUGCCGCUGCGGGACCGCAACCGCCCGCGCCUCGCCUGCCAUCUCACACUCGACUCGGUGCAGAUGCGGCUCACGUCGAGGCAGUACAGCGAGCUGGCGGGCUGCGCGCGCGGCCUGGAGCGCGUGGCGCGCCUGCGCGAGCUGCGCGCGCUGCGGCCCGAGCGCGGCGUGCGCGGCCACGCGCGCGACUGGUGGCGCUACGCCGUCAGGGCGCACCUGCCGCACCACACGUGGCUGGAGGCGCGGCCGACGUGGGCGCAGUGCGCGGGCCGGGCGCGGCUCGUGCGCGAGUACGUGGACACGUGCCUGCAGGUGCUCAGCCAGCCCGCCGCCACGCUGCCGCCGGAGCGCCAGGCCGCCAAGGACGACUUCGAGUGGCGUACGCCGCUGCACGUGCUCAAGGCGCUGCGGGAGGUGGCGAUACGCAAAGUUCCCGUGUCAACCCCGGUGUCGACUCCGGAGCAGUCGAGCUCGGGUCGCAGUGUCCUGGUGCGCUGGUUCCCGCAGUGGUGGGGUUGGUACGCGGCUCCGCCCCCUAACGAGCCCCGUCCCCCGAGUCCAACCACCCUCAACGCUCCCACUGCUAGUGCGGCCACCGACGCGACGGCCACCUCUCGAUUAGAAGAUGAAAUUCUCGACGUCAUCGCCGACUCGCUCGACGACAACACAUUACUGAGACGAGACGCUCUUUUCGGACUCUUCGAAUUCACCCUGUCAAAGGGGUCGCUGGACCUGUGCACCGACGCCGACGAAAACGCCAGCUCGGCGGAGGGCGAGGGCCUGGAGCUGCAGUUCAGCACGGUGUGCGUGCGCGUGGAGUCGCGGCCGCGCGCGGGCGCGCACGCGCUGCACGUGUCGCUGGGCGGCGUGUGCCUGCGCGACCGCGUCACGCCGCGCACGCUGUUCCCCGUGCUGGUGGCGCCGCAGGGCCUCAUCCGCGACGGGCUGAGCGCGGCGGGCCGGCGCGACCCGCACUACGCGCCGCAGCCGCCGCCCGCCAGCGACGAGCCGCUCUUCGAGCUGACCUACGAGAAGCGCCCCGCCGGAGUCAACUGCGACUACAAGCUGCGCGUGCGGUCGAGCUCGCUGGAGGUGGUGUGGUGCGCGGCGGCGGCGCGCUGGGCGCGGCUGUGGGCGGCGGCGGGGGCGGGCGCGGGCGCCAUCGCGCACGUGCGCCUGCACACGCGCGCCACGCUGCACCACCACUGGGACCGCCUGCUGCACCACACGCGCCGCCCGACCGAGCGUCGCUCGUGGCAAGUCGAGCUGGACAUAUCGGCGCCGCAGAUCCUUUUCGUGGAGGACCUGUGCGAUCGCGACGCGUCGGUCCUCGUCGUUGACUUCGGACGCUUGAAGCUGGCCAACGCCAGCUUGCCCGAAGACACUAGUACCAGUACCCUGAAACAACAGUCUCUCGACGACGAUGAAGAGAUGUUCAUGACGCCGUGCUCGACGCCGCCCGGCAGCCUGCUGUCGCCCGCCUCGCCGCCCGCGUCGCCGCCGCCGCCGCCAGCGCUGCACCAACACCUGCGCACCAGCCUCUACGACCGGUACAAAAUCGAGCUCAGCGAUCUGCAAAUCCUGGUGGGUCGAGCGCGCGACAACUGGAAGUACGCGCACACCAAGACAACGUCCGCUCUGCAUCUGCUCGAUCGCUUCAGCAUCUCGCUGCAGGCGGAGCGGCGCGUGGUGGCCACGUCGGAGCCGCAGUACCCGCGCCUGGCGCUGUGCGGCUCGCUGCCGGCGCUCGUGGCGCACCUCAGCGAGCACAAGCUGAGCGCCGUGCGCGCCGUGCUGGCCAGCGCCACGCGCGCGCACCACGCCUGCGAGCCCGACGCGUCGCCAAAUCAAGAGGGCAUCCAGGAAGAGGAGGAGGAGGACGGCAAUGACAACUCCGAGACGGAGUUCUCAGAUUUCUCCUUGAAUCAAAACGCGACCCUGCUCAUGCUACAGUUCGCCAUCGAUCAGAUGUCUCUCGAGGUGCAGUCGCGCGGGCGCAGCAUCGCGGAGGUGCAGGUGUGCGGCGUGCGCGCGGCGCUGGGCGUGCGCGCGGCCGACACGUCGCUGGCGCUGUCCGUGCACUCGCUGCUGCUGGUGGACGCGCUGCAGACCUACGGGCCCGACUUCGAGCUGCUCGUGGCCAGCCAUCGGCACGUCGGGAUGGACACGGCGUCGGGCAGCAUCCGCGGCUCGGAGCCGACGUCGCCGACGUCGCCCGCUUCACCCGACGCGCGCUCGCCGCUGCCGCCGCCCACGCCUCUGGCGCUGCACCGCGCGCUGUACUCUCUUCAUCACGCCACUAAUAAUGCUGAGCCGGGGCGUACGAGUCCGAGCCCGAGCUGGCCGACCGGGCAAAGUUGGAAUACGAGUUACACCUAUGGAACCGCCGGCUCGACGUGGGGAACGAGCUCCUCCGCAUGGGGUCCGGGUGGAACGGGCUGGGGCGCCGAAGGUGCCUCCUGGGGGAACACCAACGGCUGGGGAGCUCCGGGUCUAGUCGACUCCGAGGCUUUGAUAGCCGUGGAGCUCUGUUUCGUCAAAGGUGAAGGAGACUCCGAAGAUUUGAGGAUCGCGAACAUAUUAUUCAAUAACUUGGACGUUAUCGCGAACCAGGAGACCAUAGUGGAGCUGAUCGGGUUCGCGCACCGCGUGUGCGGCGCGCCCCCCCGCGCGCCGCCCGCGCCGCCCGCCGCGCGCGCGCCGCCCGCGCCGCCCGCGAAUGUUGUUCGCCAGCGACGCGUGCGCACGGAGAUCACGUUUGACUUUCACCGUCUGGGCGUACUCCUGCUGCGUGCGGGCGUGCGGGACGGCGCCGUGGUGGCCAGCAAGAUCGCCACCGCCACCGUUGGCGACGCGCGCAUCCAGGCCACGCUCGUGGACGGUGACCGAAUCGAGGUGGGGGGUUCCCUGGGUGGAGUCCAGGUGGUGUCACUGUCGGAGCGAGCGGGCGUACACACGCGUGUGCUGUCCGCUGGCCGAGCACCCGCCGUGCCCGCGCACCAUGCGCACCAUGUGCACCGACCGCCUCGCCCGCCCUCGCACUCCAACAGCGAUGAGAAGGCGUUGCUUUUCUCCAUAUCCAGGACUAUAAGACCCGCGACACCGCAAGAUUCAAAAGUAUGCACAGGGGGUGCGGUCGAGGAGGCGGAGGUGGUGGAGGUGCAGGUGUCGGUGCGUGUGGCCAGCGUGUGGUACACGCACUCGGGCCCGCUGCUGCGCGAGCUGCAGUCUUGCGUGGCGGAGUUCCAGCAGUACCUCGCCAACCUGGCGCGUUCCAUCCGCGCCGCUGCUGCCGAUAUGGCCAUUGGCCUCGUGCAUCCGAGAGGCGACACGCUGUAUGCUAACCCUCGUCUGUCGCAGUCGGUCGAAGGAGUCUCGCCGAGAAGACGCACUACAAGCGUAGGCUGUUCGCUCGAUGAGCCCGAUCGUGACUCACGGCAGAUCUCCCUUAGCGUCAGCGUAGAGCUGGAGUCGCCCGUGGUGGUGGUGCCCCGCGCGGCUCGCAGCGCGCAGGUGUUCGUGGCGCACCUCGGCCGCAUGAGCCUCGCCAACCGGCCCGGCGCGCCCAGCGACACGAUGUACCGCGUGCGCGUGCGCGACAUAUCGCUGGUCUCCCUGGACGUGAGCGAUAAACUUCGCAAACGAAACAUGUCGACGGUGACGGAUAACUUAGCCGACAUCUACGAUGUGUCGUGCGGCCUGCCCGUACUGCACGACACCGCGCUGCAGCUGACCGUGACCUUCUGCGAGCUGGACGACGGCCCGAGGUGCACGGUGGACGGCAAGGUGGUGGACGGGCUGCACGUGACGGCCAGUCGGGAGCAGUACGAGCAGCUGCUGGAGACGCUGCAGUGGCUCGGCGACUCGGCCGACGCGACGGACGGUGCCUCGCCUGCCGCCCCGCCCCCGCCCCCGCACGAGGUGCCGCUAGUCUGUUUGCUUUAUAUUUGGCCCAUUUUAAAAAUCAUUUAUUGGAACGAAGUUCUUUUACGCGACUUACAACCUUUCUCAACAGCUCAUUAUUCUAAAUCGAAUUUAAUUAUUUUAUGCAAUAAGGGGCGCUCGUUAGUGCUAAAUGAUAUAACGUGUACGACUCAGACGAGCUCGAUGGUGGAGCCGGCCGUGCCCACGCUGCGCCUGGACCCGCAGCUGCGCGCCGCCGUGCUGGCCGUGCCGCCGCCCUCGCCGCCGCCCGCCGCGCCGCACACGCCGCUCGUCGUGACGUUCGAGCUGUCCACGUUUACGGUGGAGCUGCGCGCCGACGUGGGCGCCGGCGAGCGCAGCCUCGUGGCGCUCACCUUCAGAGAGUUCUCGCUGCGCCGCGACCGACUGCAUCCGCACGAGUCCACGUUGCAGGUGUCUCUCCACUCCAUCACGAUGGAGGACCUGACGAAGGACCCCGAGUCGAAGCACCGCAUGCUGAUGGUGUCGCACACGCCGCCCGUGCCGCCCAAGGCCGUGUUCGUGUCCAAGUCGUGCCCCGACUUCGUGACGGCGUUCCCGCACGAGCCGAGCUCGUCGCUGCGCAAGCGCCCGCUGUUCUCGUCGCUGCCCGCGGAGCUCAACGUGGCAGAGCGGCUGGCGGAUCGAGAGUAUAAGCGCAGCAAAGAGGAAGAAAAGCAAGAGCGUCACUGUCCUACGCCUCCGAGCUCACCGGAACGCGGCGCGGGUAUCCCGGGUGUGUUGGUGGGCCCGGCGCACGAUAAUCUCGUUUGGGUGUCGGUGCACACUCGACACCCCGCUCACCCGCACUUCCACGACGUCUACAAGAAGGUGGCAAAAGUGACCAAGGUGGAAUUUAACUGCCUGAAAUUAGUUUUGAGUAUCGACAGCUGGGUGGCAGUGCUCGAUUUCUUCGGUAUCGCGGGCGAGGAGUCGGAGCAUCAACCUCCCGCGGCGGAGUCGAAUCAAUCAAAUUCGACCUCGGAAAAUGUCAGCGAGACGGUCAGCACGGACGCGGGCGCGACGGAGACCGAGAUGAACGUGCGCUCGCUGUCGGUGGUGGUGGUGGGCGCGCGCGGCGACGCGUGCCGCGCGCUGGUGUCGCGCGUGCGCGUGCGCGUGCGGGACGAGGCGCGCGCCGCCGCCCGCGACGUGCGCGCCACGCUGGGCGCGCUGGCGCUGGCCGACCUGGCGCCGCGCGCCGGGCUCUGGCGGGAGCGCCUGCGCAUGCGCACCGCGCACGCGCUCGACGUACAUUACAGGAGGUUGAGUGCCGCGGAGGCGGCCGCUUCGGGGUACGAGACGAGUCUCUCGCUGGAGAUGGGCCCCGUGACGUACGUGCACACGCGCCGCUUCGUGCUCGAGCUGCAGGCUUUCGCUCGUGAUUUCAGUUUGUUGCGGCGCGUUAUCGCGCAGGCUAGACAAAAGGUGACGAGUUCGUCACGCGAUGCCACUCAGCUGCAGCGCAUGCACCUGCGCGUGCGCUGCGAGGCGCCCGUCAUCGUGUUGCCGGUGUCGGGCCGCAGUCGCUCCGCGCUGGCCGCCGAGCUGCAGCUGCUGCUCAUCGACAACCGCUUCCGUCGCGCCGGCGACCCCGACACCGUCAGCAAGCUCGUCGACCCGACCAUAGCGGAGCGCGAGGUGCUGGACGUGCGCUCGGUGCGCGCGGAGGGGCUGUCGCUGUGGUGCGCGCGCGCGGCGGGCGGCGCCGGCGAGCGCUGCGUGCGCCGCCGCGGCGCGCCGCUGCUGCCCGCGCCCACCGCGCUCGCGCUGCAGCUCGAGCGGAACUGCUGCGCCUCGCACAACGUGCCGGAGCUGACGGUGCAGGGGCGCCUGGCGACGCUGCGGCUGUCGCUGGACGCGGCGCAGUACCGGCUGGUGCGCGGCGUGCUGGCGCACAACCUGGCGGAGCCGUGCGACGAGUUGCUGCCGCAGGCGGCCGCCCCGCCCGCGCCGGCGCCCGUGUGGCGCACGUGGUCGCUGCAGCUGGACCUGCAGGACGUGUGCGUGGAGCUCCGCGGGCCGCGCAACGCUCCGCCUCUCGCCUGCAUCAACUUCAUCAAGUCGCGACUAGUUCUGGAGGCCUACUCUGACCUCGCGCAGGAUAUCGACCUAGUAUCGCAGGAGAUCCUGGUGAGCGACACGCGCUACGCGGCCGAGCCCGCCAACCGGCGCGGCAACGUGUUCAGCCACAUCGUGCAGCCCAUGCCCGACCACCGCCACAGCGUGCAGGCCGAGGUGCACGCCAGGAAACGGCAAGACUCAUCGGCGUAUACGAUACUCAUCAACAACAUGCGCCUGAUGGCGAUUCUGGACUGGUGGGAGGCGGCUAAUCAGUUCAUCAUGCAGCCGCCGCCGCCGGCAGCCGAUCCCGACCUGCAACAUCUGGAGGACGCCGCAGACGGUGCGGAGGGAGCCGCGCCGCCCGCCGCAGAGGGCGCCGUCGAGCUCAAGCUGAACAUUACCGACUCGCAGCUCGUGCUGGUGGAGGACGCCUCGCUGUGGGACACCAACGCCGUCAUACUAAAGAGCACGACCGUGAUCACGUACCGGCCGGCGGAUGCGGCGCGGCCCGUGCUGUGCGAGCUCAACGAGCUGGAGGUGUACUCGUGCGUGCUGGGCCUGGAGGAGGAGACGGCGCUGUCCAUCGUGGAGCCCGCCGCGCUGCACGCCGCGCUGCGCAGCGACGCCGUGCUGCACAUCGCCAUGGGCACGUUGAACCUGCGCCUCUCCUACCACGACAUGCGAAUGUUUGCGUCCAUGUUGCAAUCGCUCCCUGCGCAGGCGAGGGCCGCUCUCUCAGGUAAAUCCCCGGAGGAGUCGGGCGGGGCGCCCGCCAACAGCGUGCACAUGCGCAGCGCGGCCGAGCGCGUGUGCGCGGCGCGCCCGCGCUGGCCGCGCGCCGCGCCCGCCGCGCGCGCGCCCGCGCCGGCGCCGCCCUCUUUCUGGCCUCUGCGCGCCGUGCAGGUCGACGCGGAGUGCGUGACGCUGUGCGUCAUAGACGACUGCUUGGACUCCGACGUGCCGCUUCUGGAAGUGUCGUUGAACGAGUUACAUGUGGAACAAGAUUUGCGCAAAGUGGAGGAUUCGUUCGAGGACCCGCUGCUCGUGUCGACCCCGUCGAGUGGUGCCGGCACAGUGGUGGUGGCGGGUGAGAGUGGAGGCCGAGUGGGAGCGGGGGGUGGCCGAUUGCGCGCGCAGCUUAGCGCCGACUACUACAACCGCAUACUCUCCGGGUGGGAACCCGUCAUCGAGCCGUGGAGGUUCGAGAGUCGCUGGGAGUACACGCUGUCGAGCGGGCUGUCGCUGGCGCGCGUGCAGCUCGACGUGCGCUCGGCCGACGCGCUGGACACCAACCUCACGUCCGCGCUCGUGGACCUCGUGCGACUCGUGCGCACCAACUGGACCACCGACUACUACGCGCCACAGACGGCGACGUCGGAGCAGUCUCCCAAGAGUAGCCCGGCCGGACACCGUCGGCGAUCACCCUUCGUUCCCUACGCGCUCCGCAACCUCACCGGACAACGUCUGUGGUUCACUACACUCACGACCGCCUCGGACGAGGUGCGCGAGUGCGGCGCGGGCGAGCGGCGCGGGCCGGACGACUCGUGGGUGUGCGUGCGCGCGGGCGACACGGAGCCGUUCUCGUUCGGCGCGCGGCGCGGGCGCGCUCGCGACGCGCCGCACGCGCCCGCGCCGCUGCACCGCCUCGUGCUCAGCGUGGACGGCUGGGCGCCGCCCGACCCCGUGUGCGUCGACCGCGUCGGCGUCUUCUUCCGGCACAUCUCGCACGCGAAGUCCGGGACGGAGGCGCGCCUGGUGCUGGAGGUGUCGCUGGAGGGCUCGGCGCGCAAGCUGGUGACGGUGCGGUCGGCGCUGCAGCUGAUCAACAAGCUUCCGCACCCCGUGGAGCUGCGACUCGACCGCGCGCCCGCCGCCUCGUCCGGCCCGUGGAGCGGCGGCGGCGCCCGCAGCGCGCAGGUGGCGGCGGGCGCGCGCUGGGCGGUGCCGCUGGCGGCGCGCGCGGGCGCGGUGUGGGCGCGGCCGCUGGUGCGCGCGCAGACGGCGCCGGCGCCCGUGCUGGCGCCCGCCGCCGUGGACUGGCGCGCCGCCGCGUCGACGGCCGAGCGCGCCCUGCUGCACAUCGAGUGUCGCGCGCCGCACGACUAUGUCUAUAGGUUCUGCUGCGCGAUAGUCCGCGAGCGGUUCCCGCCGGACCGCGGUGAACUGCUGGCCGGACACACGCUGACGCUGGUCCCGGCACUGCGGCUGGAAAACCUGCUGCCGCUGGAGCUGCAGUACCGCGCUGACCACGUCUCCGGCACGCUGGCGCCCGCCGGCACGCAGCCCUUCCAUCAGGUGAACGUUGAAGACGGGGUGGAGCUGUCCGUUAAACUAGAAGGCUUCGCCUGGUCGACUGCGCUGAGCGUGGGCGGUGCCGUUAGUGCGGGAUCGUUCUCUGCGCGUCUGAAGCUGCGCGAUCUGCGGGGGCGCAGAUUAUAUCUCAAUGCGAGAGUGACCGUCAAGAAAACCGACGGAAUUAAGGUGUCGGUGUCGGCGGCGUACUGGCUGGUGAACCGCACGGGGCUGCCGCUCGUGUUCCGCGCGGAGGGUGGAGGCGAGGCGGCGGGGCAGUUCGCGGAGCACGAGCUGGCGCGCAUGGUGGCGCCGCUGCCCUUCGCCUUCGCCGACGGCGACGGGCCCACGGUCAGCGCGCGGCUGGGCUCCGGCCUGGCCGCCUCCGCCGAGUGGUGCUCGCCGUUCGGGCUGGGCCCCGGCGUGACGGUGAAGCGCCUGGAGAGCCGCGGCGGAGAGGGCGAGCGCUCGUUCGCGGUGGGCGUGUCGGUGCGCUCGGGCCGCGGCCGCUACCGGCGCACCAACAUCGUCACGCUCACCCCGCGCUACCAGCUGCACAACAACACGCCGCACUGCCUGCAGUUCGCGCAGAAGUGCACCGCGACGACGCUCAACGACCCCGGCGCGAUAGCGACUCACGUGUCGGCGGUGGCGGGCUGCUACCUGCCGUGGCACUGGGCGCGCUGGGACCGCGAGCAGCUGCUGUGCGUGCGCGUGCUGGCCGAGCCCGCGCCGCAGCCCGCCCGCACGCGCGCGCUCACGGCCUGGUCCGGCGGGUUCCGCAUCGACGCCGCCCGGAGCCUGCACGUGGCCUGCAGGGAGAGCGGCGGCUCGUACCAGCUGCUGCGCGUGGAGGUGGUGGCGCAGGGCGCGGCGCUGCUGGUGGUGCUGAGCGCGACGCGUGCGGAGCCUCCUCCGCUGCGCAUCGACAACUUCUCACCCGUCGCCAUCAUGUUCCACCAGGUGGGCUGCACGGAGGAGUGCGUGGUGGGCGCGGGGGCGCGCGCGCGCUGGGCGCUGCCGGAGCCCGAGGGCGCGAGCGCGCUGGCGCUGCGCGCGCCGGGCGGCCCGCGCCUGGCGCUGCCGCUGGGCGCGCUGCACGCCGACCACACGCUGCUCUACCAGAACUUCAUAUACGUGGCCUUCGCCGCCACCGCCGCCGGCGCCGGCCUCGCCGGUGACAGCGCGCAAGAGGGUGGCGCGGGUGAGGACGAGGGUGUUCUAGUUCUCGAGGUGCCUCUGGGCUCGACUCGCGUGCAGUUGGCGCGGAAGCGCUACGGAGACAGGAGUCAGCUGUGGCGUCGCGGGCCGGGCUCGCAGCUGCUGCACGAGGGCAGCUCGCCGCCGCAACCCACCGACGCACUGAGCGACGACUGCACGCUGUCGCCGCACGCGAUGGUGCUGGACAUCGAGGAGGCGGCGCCGCGGCCGGGCCGCGCGGCGGCGCUCGUGCUGCGGCGCGCCGACCCGCGCCGCGCGUCCACGCAGGCGUGGCGCCUCGUGCCCGCCGCGCGCGCCGCCCGCGCCGCGCGCAUGGCCUGCGCGCACGCCAACCUGUGCGUGCAGCCCGAGGGCGGGCUGCUGGGGCUCGUGCCCGAAUUCAAUUCCACGCAUGUUAAACUGCCAAAAAAAUUGAAUUGUUUUGGCACAGAAAACGUGUUAAAGUUACCUUCAAACAAAACUGAAACAAACCCGUGUCGUCCGGAGUGUCGUGUGACGUGUGCGGUGGUGUGCGCAGGCGGGCGCGUGGUGCUGGGCCUGUCGGGUCCGUGGACGGCCCCCGUGCCGGCCGAGCACGCCCUGCAGUGGCGCACGCUGCGGCCCGGCUCCGGCCGACUCACCGUGACGCUCGACGCCGACGGGCCGACGAGACUCGUGCGCAUUCGGGACCAGGCGGACCCCGAGCGCGCGAGCGUGGAGGCGAGCUCGCGCGAGGAGGAGUCGUCGCGCGAGUGGGGGCUGUCGGUGUCGCUGGCGAGCGUGUCGCUGUCGCUGGUGGCUCGCUGGCCGCCCGCCGAGCUGCUGUUCGCGCAGUUCACGCGCGUGCGCCUCACCGCCGCGCGCGCCCCCAGCAGCGCACACCUCGCGCUGUCCGUGGACUCCAUGCAAUGGGACAACCAGUUGACGAGCACGCCGAGCCCGGUGCUGCUGCACUGCCUGGACGACGGCGCGUCGGUGCCGGCACUGCAUGUGUCGAUGGAGCUGACGUCGGCUCCGCCGCAUUACAACGCGGUGUACUUCACGCACCUCAUCGUGGCCCUGCGGCCCGUCGCCGUGCGAUUGGACGAGAGACUGAUCCUGCUGGUGUGGUCGUGGGUGGAGGGCGGCGGUGAGGCCCCGGAGGGUGUAGAGGUGGCAGAGGAGCCCGACGAGGCGGAAUACGAGACCCGGCGCGUUCUGCACGAGCUCACCGCGCUGCACGCAACGAGAUACUACUUCGCGCUUAUCAAGAUAAUACCGAGUCAGAUCCGCCUGUCGAUGUUCACGGCCAACAAGCUGGAGGGCGAGCUGAGCGCGCUGAAGCGCCGGCUCGGGCUCACGUUCAUCCGCUUCGAGGACGCGGCCGUGGAGCUGGAGCCCUUCGUGCGCGCGCACGCCUUCGACAGCGCCGCCGGCCUCGCGCGCCAGCUGCUGCGGCACUUCAAGGACGAGUUGAAAUGGCAAGCGGCAAAGAUAUUGGGGUCAGUUGACUUCCUCGGUAAUCCUCUGGGCUUCGUGGCGGACGUGUCCGAAGGAGUAUCGGGAUUACUGCUCGAGGGAAACGUCGGAGCGCUGCUCAAAAAUGUCACCCAUGGAAUAUCUAACUCUGCCGCCAAAGUCACAGAAACGUUGGGAGACGGCCUGGAGCGCGUCGUGGGCGACGAGGCGCACGAGGAGACGCGGCGCCGCAUCCGCUCGGCCGCCGCCGGCGCGCACCUCGCCGCCGGCUUCCGCGGGCUCGGCCUCGGCAUACUGGGCGGCAUGACCUCGCUGGUGAAGCACAGCUACGAGGGCGCGGCGGCCGAGGGCAUGGCGGGCUUCCUGGCCGGCGUGGGCAAGGGGCUCGUGGGCACCGUCACCAAGCCCGUGAUCGGCGUGCUGGACCUGGCGGCGGAGACGGCGGCGGCGCUGCGCGAGACGUCGCGGCGCGCGGGCGGAGCCCCCCGGCGCGCGCGCGCCCCGCGGCUGGCGGCGGGCGGCGCGGGCGGCGCGGGGGGCGCGGCGCCGCUGCCGCGCUACUGCCCCGCGCUGGCGGAGGGCGCGGCGCUGCUGCUGGCGCUGCCGGCGCGCGAGCCCGACGAGCGCUUCCUGGCGUACCGCACGGUGCGCGACACGCCGCACGACAUCCGCGCGCUGCUGUCCGACACGUACCUGCGCAUCGUCACGUGCAAGCACGGCCAGCCGCAGGUCGUGAUGGAGACGCACCUCAGCAACCUGGUGUCGUGCACGGCGGUGCUGGCGGAGGGCGCGUGGCUGGUGGAGCUGGGCGUGCGCGGCGCGGGCGCGGGCGAGGCGCUGCGGCGGCCGCGCGUGCAGUGCGACAGCGCCGAGCUGGCGGGCUGGCUGGCGCGCCACGCCGCCGCCGCGCGGCAGCUGCACCACGACCGCCGCCACACGCUGCUGCCGCACGCCGACCUGUAGGUCGCGAGGAGCUCCUCCUGACAUGUCCGCUGCCGGUGAUGUUCAUGGCGCUUCGGGCGUAUUAUUUUCUAUACGCACACCUGUGAUGCCAACUUCCUUGUAAAUACUACUCUAUUCGAUGCGUACAUAUGAUGUAAUGCGUACAAUAUUAUUAUAUUAUACUAUGUAUACCUGUGGCUCCUCCGUUCAAUGUACUAACUAACUAACUAGUCCUAUUCUAUUCUACCCUCGACGACGUCGAGACUUGUUUACGUAGAACUAAAACAUUUGACUGACUUUUUUUAAGAAGGAUUGUGUGGUAUCUUAGGCCGAUUGAGUACGGAUCUAUUGCUCUGAUGUAUAAUUGUGUAUGUAUAGGUAGAUAUCCUGUUACGCUUAAUUCGAUUUCCUAAAAGUAAAUGUAUGUAUGUAUGAAUGUAUAUCAAAAAAUAUUUUUAUAGUCUUAGUAUUGAAGUAGAGGACGCGCAACGCGCCAUCGCAAUAUCGCACCAAACUAUUUAUUUAUAUUAUAUUCGUAGGUAAUGUGACUUAUGAUAAGUGGAACAAUCAUUAAUUUAAUCUUGUGUCCUUUCGUGAGCAACGAAAAACGUAUGACUCGAUCACAAUGUCACCAGAAGUCGUCGUGCGAUCAGGCCCCGCGACGGAUAGAUUACUUUUAUUUAUUACACUAAUUAUAGUUAAUUUAUAACUGACAUUUAAUUUAUAUUGUUCGACUGUUCAUAGCAUCUUAUGAAUACAAUAGCAAUUCCAUGUUUAUUAUUGAAGUUUUAGGUAACCUAAUAGUCGGGGCACAUGUUCCUCCUCUUAAAUUAUUUAGUUAAGUUUUGGAUGUUCUGGCUGUAUCGGUGUAAAAAUGAGAGAACAUCGCACGUGUGAGAGUAAUUAAUAUACGAAUGAUAUGCAGUGAGUAUGUUUAUCAAAACGAUAAGGCUGUGCUUAGUGCGGUGUACGGGGAGCAGUACGGGUGUAGUUAAUUUAAUAAUAAAGUAAUAGAUAUAUUAGGGCAGCAUUCAGCUCUAUUUGUAACAGUUGAAGUUUUACUGAUUAUAUUCUUACGUCAUACAGACAUUUGUGUGUUUUCUCUGCGGCGACCGCGGCUCCUAGUCCGUUAGAAAUGCAACAAAAUGCAACGCACUAAAGCUGCCAACAUUGUCUAUAAUAUUCACUAAAGCCGACACUGAUGCGCACAACCUCUAAACUAUUUUUAAAGAAUUAAAACUUGCUAUCUCAUUUAGUCCCUCAAAUAGAAAAGGGACCGCAUCAAUUUUAGUUCCGUGAAAUUAAUUUAGCCGAUAGAUUGUGUACGUCAUAUGAUUAUCAAAAAUAUUACUUGAAACAAUUUUCAGAAUAAUCUUAAUUUCUUUUGUUAUAGUAGUUUUUAGUUCAGUUUGUACAUCACACUGGUAGAUGUUUGUAGUGUCGUCGCCGUACAGUAGAUACGUAAAUAUAUGCAUAAAUUGUAUUUCAAUAAAGCAAUAUUUGUUCCUUAAAUUAGUUCAAAUGUUGAAUAUUUAAUCAAAGCUAUUAAAAACGAUGCAAUAAUAUCGAUAAUAUUUUAUUUUUUUCGGAUCGAUCCUCUUAAAAGUAUUCUUAUCGCAGUAUUGGAUUUUUCAUACAUUUGACGAUGAAUUAAAUAAUUUAAUGUUAAUCUGUCUCGCACACAAGUUAUGCAAAUAUAAAUAAAAUAAUAUUUUAUUCAGAUUUUUAUUUUAUAAUGAAAGUAACAUUUAUUUAUAGUUUUAUUGGGACCUGGUUGUAACGAAUAUUGAAUAUUAUAUUAAGUUCAAUGAAUAAAAUUGUACUUAGUUUUUAUGUAUUUUAUUUUUUAAUCAUUGGUAAUAAAUAAAUGUUCCAUAAAUACGUUUGUCUAAUGCUGAGCGUUCUGGUAUAUAGUAAAAAAUACUAUUUAACCCACUGCUGGACAAGAGCCUCUCGUCCUCGUAAAAAUGCUCAGAUAGCAUACCACCACGUUGCCCCACUAUCUUUCGUCGAGUUGCUAUGUAUUUUUUUUAUGUUACAUAAAUAUAAUAUAUUUUGCGUAAUCGCUCAGCAUUGGAUAUAAAUUUAGUGUGCGGUCUACGUUUUAUUUAGUGUAAUCAAUUGACUGGGGAUAUUAAACAAUAUGUAUUACCUUCUCUAAGCUAAUUGACAAAUAUA